AUGCUCCAAGCUGGUCAUAUUACUCCUUCACAUAGUCCUUGGGCAUCUCCAAUCGUAUUAUCCCCUAAAAAAGAUGGUACACUCAGAUUUUGUGUUGAUUAUCGAAAGUUGAAUGCUAAUACAAUUCGUACAGCAUAUCCUAUGCCUCGAGUUGACGAUACCCUUGAUUCACUCAGGGAAGCAAAAUUCAUAUCUACUCUUGACCUUCGAUCGGGAUACUGGCAGGUUGAAAUUGAUCCUGAAAGUCGUAAUAAAACAGCGUUUAUUACUCAUCGCGGCCUCUAUGAAUUUUUAGUCAUGCCUUUUGGACUGUCUAAUGCUCUUGCCACAUUUCAGAGAUUAAUGGAUCUUAUCUUAGCUGGAAUAAAAUGGCAGUCAUGUCUUGUCUAUAUAGAUGAUAUUGUCGUAUUCUCUUCCACCUUUGAACAACAUCUUAAAGAUUUAUCCUCUGUCUUUGAUCGUCUCAAAACUGCUGGACUUACUCUUAAAGCCUCAAAAUGUAAUUUUUGUAGAAAAGAAUUAAAGUACUUAGGACAUAUUAUUACUCCUGACGGUAUUAAACAUGAUCCCGGUCUAAUCGACUCCGUGAAACGUUUUCCUCAACCUACACGAUUAAAAGAUAUUCAAUCAUUUUUAGGCUUAACUGGAUAUUACAGAAAAUUUAUAAAAGAUUACGCUAAAAUAUCCGAACCUCUCCUCGCUAAAAUACGCUCUCAUCAAAAUUCUAAACGUCCACCAAAUAACAUAGAAUGGUCUGUUGAAUGUACUAUAGCCUUUGAACGAUUAAAAACUGCACUUACUCAGGCUCCUAUACUUCGAACUGCAAAUUUUAAUGAACAUUUCAUUUUGGAAACAGAUGCCUGUGAUUAUGGUCUUGGUGCUGUCCUUACUCAAGAAUAUGAUAAUAAAAAAUUUGUUAUUGCUUACGCUAGCCGAACUCAAACAACAGCUGAGAGAAAUUAUUUUCCUACAGAAAAAGAAGCUCUAGCUAUUUAUUGGGCCACCAAACAUUUUCGGCCCUAUUUAGAAGGUACAAAAAUCUAUAUUCGAUCUGAUUAUAGGGCACUACAAUGGCUUCUUGAAACAAAAGAUUCGUCUGGACGAUUAGCUCGAUGGGCAAUAAGUCUAUCAGCAUUUAACAUUACAAAUAUGACUGAACGAGUCAAUAGAAAUCUUAAACCAAUGUUAGCACAAUAUGCUCAAGAAAAACCACAAUCAUGGGAUCAACAUCUAUCGAAACUUGCUUUUUCUAUUCGAACUUCAGUAAAUGAAACAACAGGUGAUACACCAGCAUAUCUUAAUUUUGGACUCAAUCGUUUCUCAUUCUUACCAUCUUCCAAUGAAACUAAUCCCUCUACCAUCUCAUCAACAAUAUCCUCAUCGAAAGAAAAUUCUACUCCUGAUACUUUGGCAUCACAUGUCUCACAUAUAAUUGCACCAGCACAAUCAAAUAAAACAUUAAAACGGCAAUUAUCUCAUGAAACAAUAAUUCCACAACCACUUAUGUCAUUACAACUUGACGUUAAUGAACCACCACUUCACAAUGCUCUUGCUAAUCAAAUUCCUCUUAUGUCAUUCUAUGCUCCCCCAUGCUCAACUAAACCCCAUCCUCAAUCACACCGUCGACCACCUCUUCAACGUAAACCACGUUUAUACAGCACAGUCUGUAGUCAAGCACCACAAGCAAACACUAAUACAAGUCAACACGUCACCAAUCAUCGCUCUGAUACAUCGUCAACAACCUUCAACACCAUCAACUCAUCAACACAACAACAGGAACACGCGACAGUCUUCUCACCAAACCACGAUCAACCAUCUCCUGGAUUAUCAAGUGGUUUUAAUACCAAGAUGAUCGAAUUAUCAUAG